AUGACAUCCUUCAAAGUUUCUUAUCAAUCUACCGUUCGUCGUUUCUCAAUUCCCGAUACCGUAACUUGGUCAGACCUCGAAUCAAAACUUCGAUUAUUAUUUUCUUUACCUUCCACUUUAAAAUUCUCACUUUCUUACAAGGAUGAAGAUGGGGACAUCAUCACUUUAUCAACCAAUUUGGAACUUCAAGAAUUUUUAUCCUCUCAAUCACCUCAAUCUACUUUGAAAUUCUCUCUUAAUCCGGAAAAGUCAAAAAAUUUUUUUGCUGAUACAUUCUCGAGUAAUGCGUCGGAGAAUGACUUUGUUCCAGUUGAGAAAGAGAAAUAUUUUCUUGACGACGCACUUAAGCAUGUUACCGUGAUGGAUUUCGUCAAUGAUGAAUCUUCAACUCCUUCAGUCUCAAAAGGCAAAAAAAAGGAAUCUCCUGCUGAACCUUCAGCUUCCGCGUUUAACGAACAUCAACAAGAGGAGAAUAAACAACCUUCUCCUAAUAAUGAUGAAGAGCAAAGAGCUCCAUUCAUUGAAUUGGCUGAACAAUUUCAGAAAUUACAUGAUCAAUUUAACGAUGUCUUUUUAAAGAACCCUCAAUUGGUUGAACAAGCAAAUACCAUCAUGGAUAACAUCUUACAAAAUGUUCCUGUGGAUUUCAAUCAAUGGGCUCAAUGGUUGAACACUUUUCGUUCGGAAGGUGAUCUUCCAAAUCAAGGAAGUGAAACCAACAAUAAUUCACGUGAAGGGGGACAACAGAGGGCCAAUGAUUUUGGUCAAUUUGGUCAAUUCUCUAAUUUCUUUUCGUCACCUCAUGAAUUACUUUCAAAUCCUUGGAUUCAAAGAGUCUUUCAAGAUGUAUCAGCCAAUGGUUUUGGAAAUUUCUCAAGAUCUACAGGGUUUAAUGGGCCAUGGAAUUCCAACGGUGGUUGUCAACGACGACAAGAAGAUUUGAGUCAAGAAGCGUUAAAAGAAAAGAUCAAUUCACUUCAUUCUAUGGGAUUUUGGGAAGAUGAUGUAAAAAACGAAGAAUUAUUAAAAAGGUAUAAUGGUAAUAUCGAGAGAGUUGUCGAAAUUUUAAUUAGACAAAAUGCUGAACGUUUAGAUUACGAAGCACUUUAUCCGGCGGGAAAUGUUGGUGGUCAAUGA